AUGAGCCACGCGGAAGCGAAGCUUUUCUAUCAGCAUCACCAGCUCGCCUCACGGAGUGCCGACAAUGAGCCUAGCCUGAACCCAGUACCUGCAAAUUACAAUGCAGCCGUCACACAGACAGACAGUGCGCCAAGCUCUACACCAACUGUGAUGGAACACAAUGGCUCCCAAGACCGCACAGUCAGCACUGUGUGCCAAGAAGAUUCAAUUUCAAAGACUCAGCCCGCUGCAAAUGCCACUCCGCUGUUUGAUCAAUUUGGCUCGCACUUCAUGCAUGAGUACCAGGCCAACGGUUCCGCUGUAAAUGAUACCCAUGGUAGUUUCGGGUUGAAUACAACGCCAUCCAGAUCCCAAGACCAAUUCAGUCAAACUAUGGGGGCAGGUAAUGACCGUUCUGCCGGUGAUAUCUUGGGAGCCGCCCAAGCCUUGUUGAAUACUAUGCCAGGCGGCGAUGCUGUUACAUCAGAAUUGAACGUAAUUUGCCGCAAAAUAUUGAGAUUACUCGAUCGGCGAUCCAGAUACAUGCAGCUAUCAUUGCAGGGUCCUGGAGAUAACCCUAAGGAUCAUUCCGACUGGAAAGUAUACCCUGCGCCGCCAGAGCCAGCCUGGGAAGGUGACAAUGAAACUGGAAAAUUUAAUGAUAACUCCCGACCUGAACAGAAGAAGAGAAAAAUGGGUCAAGAUAUUGGGGAAGAUUUUGACAUGGCCGAGUGCCUACCUCUUCCCGAGGCGUCAGACUGGGUUUUCAAGCUCGAUGGGAAUAGUGUGUAUCAAGUGUACGAAACUUAUGGUACCGCCACUACUAAUCAACCUGUUGUACAAAUUCCUUCCCUGAGAGAUUUCUAUAUGGAUCUCGACGCGGUCAUAGAUGUAUCAACGGACGGGCCCGCAAAGAGCUUCGCAUUCAAACGCCUUUCUUACCUGGAGGGAAAGUUUCAGCUAUAUACUCUGCUAAAUGAAUAUCAAGAAAUAGCCGACAGCAAGAAAGUACCUCACAGAGAUUUUUACAAUGUCCGAAAAGUUGACACACAUGUGCAUCACUCUGCAUGUAUGAAUCAGAAGCACCUCCUUCGUUUCAUCAAAAGCAAGAUGAAAAAAUCACCCGAUGAAGUCGUGUUAUUCAGGGAUGGCAAGCACUUGACGUUGAAGGAGGUUUUUGAAAGUAUCAAUCUUACAGCUUACGAUUUGAGUAUCGAUACACUCGAUAUGCACGCACACACGGAUUCUUUCCACCGGUUUGACAAGUUUAACCUCAAAUAUAACCCUGUCGGCGAAUCUCGGCUGCGAGAAAUAUUCCUGAAGACAGACAAUUAUAUUAAAGGUCGCUAUCUAGCAGAGAUAACGAAGGAGGUCAUCUCGGACUUGGAGUCGAGCAAAUACCAAAUGGUGGAAUGGCGUAUCUCAAUAUACGGUAGGUCCAUCCAGGAAUGGGAUAAACUUGCGGCAUGGGUAGUUGAUAAUAAGUUAUUCUCCCCUAAUGUUCGUUGGCUUAUCCAAGUACCUCGACUCUAUGACGUAUACAAGUCGAGUGGCAUGAUGGAAAACUUUGAGCAGGUUAUCGCCAACGUCUUCCAGCCGCUAUUCGAAGUGACGAAGGAUCCUAAUAGUCAUCCAAAACUUCAUUUGUUCUUGCAGCGUGUGGUCGGUUUUGACAGUGUCGACGACGAGAGCAAAUCAGAGCGACGACUGUAUAGAAAAUAUCCCAUCCCAAGAGAAUGGAAUACGAAACAAAACCCCCCCUACAGUUAUUGGAUAUACUUCAUGUUUGCAAACAUCGCAUCCUUGAAUAUCUGGCGCAAGCGGCGAGGGUUCAACACGUUCGUUCUAAGGCCGCAUUGUGGUGAAGCUGGUGACCCUGACCAUCUUGCGGUUGGGUUCCUCUGCUGUCACAGCAUCAGCCACGGGAUCCUGCUCCGGAAAGUCCCUUUACUGCAGUAUCUAUUCUACCUUGACCAAAUUGGGAUUGCCAUGUCGCCUCUCAGCAACAAUGCGCUGUUUUUGACGUAUGACAAGAAUCCAUUUGCCAAUUUUUUCAAGAGAGGCUUGAACGUAUCGUUAUCUACUGAUGAUCCAUUACAAUUUGCGUUCACCAAGGAGCCCUUGAUUGAAGAAUACUCGGUUGCUGCACAGAUUUAUAAAUUUAGUGCGGUUGAUAUGUGUGAGCUAGCUAAACACUCGGUCCUGCAAAGUGGUUUUGAGCUCGCUUUAAAGCAAAGAUGGCUUGGCACAAACUGUUCAGCAGCAGGAGUCCCGGGAAAUAAUGUUGCAAAGAGCAAUGUUCCGGACAUUCGAGAGGGAUUUAGGCAUGAAACACUGAUAGGAGAGUUGGCAUUGAUUGGAAGAUAUGUUGACAGUUUGAGUACUUACUCAAAGGCACUACCCGUCAGAGGACAGUUGCAACCUAGCGUGACCACGGAAAAUGAGAACUAUCCAAGCCAUCCUUUGCGGAAGGAGAGUCAGCAGGCUACAGCAUCUCCGCAGACUUCUAAUACGGUGAAUUCUCCCAUAUAUUUACAAAACCAGCCUGAGACCACAAUCGCAGGAGAUGCCUGCUUCCCAAGUCCCACUCCUCACCUCCCGGUCUCUAAAUCGAGCGAGGACACUGGGCCUGAAGCGUUACCAGAACAAAAGAUAUUCCCUGGUAUUGUGCAUGAAAGGGCUCAGCGGGGUAGUAUGUUGACUCGAGCAUUGGCUGAAGAUGACAAGGACACGAAAGACGGGGGUAAAGGUGUCAACAAUUGCCCCAGUCCGUCAUGA